CAGACGCAGCCAGACAACGAACCACCACUGCACCAUCCGUCCUUCAACACCGUCGCUGCCAUGCUCGCCCCUGCCUCCAUCUCCGCCUCUACCGUCCUGCUGCUUCUGGCUAGCGCCGCCGCCGCACAAGACGCCUCCACGACGUCGCCCGCUGCCAGCCCUACGCCCACCAGCGAGGGCGUCUUCACCAUCCAGACAUCGGUCCCGGCCGAGGACCCAUGGGCCUGCUUCGAGGAAUGCUUCAUGGAGCCUUGCCCGCCCUCGCCAUGCUCUAGUACACCUAAUGCCAGCUUGGGCACCCCCGUCCCCCUCCCCCGGCCCAUCUCAGAAUCCAUCGCCUCCAUCAUCACAGACCCUUCUCUCUCCACCGUCACCGGCUUCAUGAGCAUCCCUGCCGGCGAGACGCCCAUUUCUACUGGCGCCUCCCAAACCUCUACGCCCGCCUCUUCGUCCCAGACAGGCAGCACGGGAAGCCCAACUAGCUCUGGAGCGCCCGCAGCAACGGGCAACGCCGUGGCACUCAAUGCUAACGCCCAUCUCGCUCCGCUUGCGGCAGCCGUUGCCGGUGCUUUCGCACUGAUCUGAGCAAGCACUAUGGGAGCAUGGUAGGGCCGAGUCACGGAUUGCGCAUGUUUCCUUUACAUUCUUACUAGCACCGGCUUAGUGUCGCUCACCUGAAAACUACUCCAAGGCAACAACAAGAUUGUGAUUCUGAGGUCGAGGCAAACAUCCACAUUACAGCCAAGCUCAAACUAACUUUCCAACGGCUACUGUGCCGACUUUCAAGUUAUUGCGUCUGUAACUGUGAGCAGUGAUGGGGUUAGACUAAAAACUUUGUACGUGCCACUGUCGCACACGAGAAAUGAUUCACGGUAUAUAUAAAAUGACAUCAAAUAAAGCUUCAUGUUCAC